AUGUGCCGCGUCGUACUGCUCAACCAGACCCAGUACGUCGAUCAUCAGUUGGGCGCGGGGCUCCCAAGAAUCCCAGGACGGGGGGAUAGCCGCGCCACCGGACGAGAUAACUCGUUCGACGUCCGUUCACGUCGCGGUGGUUCAACAGCUGCUCAACUAGAUAGCGCUGGCCACCGCAAGAGUCCUCUAAUGGAGGUGGAGGAGGAGGAAAGACGCUCUCCACACGAUCAUGUGGAUCGGUGUGUUCCCGAGAGCUUUUUGAUCGCGUAA